AUGCCAGCUUACCAUUCUACAUUUCCUAUAGAUCCACAGAAUGACCGCAUGGUGGGCAAUUUCGUUGUCAUGCCAUUGAACACGCGGUACAAGGGCCCCGCGUACCCUGCGAAUUCGGACUACGACAUAGUAGACGAGUGUCUGGACCUAUUCCGUGCGAACUCGUUCUUCAAGAAUUUUGAGAUCAAAAGCCCAGCGGACAGGGUGCUUAUAUACGGGAUCCUGUUCAUCAACAGCUGUCUCGCGCAUUUAAACAAGACGAUGACCUACAACGAGGCGCUGAAGGCGCUAACCAACCUGUCCCUCGAAGAAUUCUCUCUGCCAGGGACAGCUGGGUUCCCGCUGAACUCCAUAUAUACGAUUCCUACGCAGGACCACAACCAGAUGGACUUGCUCAAGUCGUACAUCCAACAGUUUAGACAGGAGCUGGCGAUGAGGUUGCUCAAGAGGGUGUACGCCUCCGAGGGCAACGACUGCCAGCCAAACAAGUUCUGGCUUGCGUUCACGAAACGGAGGUUCAUGAACAAGUCCCUAUGA